AUUAAGAUUUUGAUUGGUUCAUAUUUGUCUACUACUACUUCCCUCUUCAUUUACCCACACUCUCUCUCUCAUUCUCUUCCUCUGCCUUUUAAAGUUAAAAAUCUGUACUUUGAGAGCUCCUCUGUUACUAGUUUAGGGUUUCUCGGUCGACGUGAUGAGUCAUCGCAGGGAUUCCACCACCGAUGCAGUCCACGUCAUACCCACCAACGACCCUCCUCCGGAGAAUCCGUUUCCCAGUCCCGUAUGGGCCGCCACUGAGGAUGAUUACAGCCGUGUCUCUGCGGCCAACAACGACGACACAGAGUCUCCGUGGAAGAAAGCACGCGGGUCUCCCUCUUCCUCCUCCUCCUCCGAGAUCGGGAAAGCCUUCUUCAAGACCAAGCUCUGCUGCAACUUCCGCGCAGGAAGCUGUCCGUACGUCGCGAGCACUUGCCAUUUCGCUCACAGCGCGGAGGAGCUCCGCCGUCCGACGGCGGGGGAGAGUGUGAGACCGUACAAGGGAAGGCAUUGCAAGAAGUUUAACAGCGGAGAAGGGUGUCCUUACGGAGAGAGCUGUACGUUUCUACACGACGAGGCUUCGAGAAACAGAGAGGGCUUUGCCGUUAGUUUAGGUCAUCGUGGUGGAGGCAAUGUUGUUGCUGCUGCUUCUCCGAAUUGGAAGACAAGGAUGUGCAACAAGUGGGAGAUGAGUGGGUAUUGUCCUUUCGGUACUAACUGCCGUUUUGCUCAUGGAGCUUCAGAGUUGCAUAGAUUUGGUGGGGGACUUGUGGAAGAAGAAGAAGGUAAGAUCGGAACAUCUUCCACUCUUGACACAAAGAAGACAGGACAAGCUAGUCUUGCUUCUCCUGGAGUCAGAACAUCUAAUGCCGUUACUCAGAAACCCAACGGAGUCAGAGUUGUAAGGAAAUGGAAAGGACCGGAUAAAAUCAGCCGGGUUUAUGGUGAUUGGAUCGACGAUAUUGAAUAAAGUCUCUGCC